CGGGGCCGUCACCCGUGAAGACGAACCACCGCCCCGAACCACUCGCUCUUGCGCUUGCACUUGCACUUGCUACCUGCGUCUGCCAUCUGCCAUCUACACCAACGAACCACCCGCCCUUCCGACACGCUCGAACUCCCGUCCCCGCCGAGACAACCAAAGAAAACGAACAUCGACGUCCGCUCCUUUCCACCUCCGAUUCAUGGUCUCGUAGCUAUCGUCCUCCCGUCUUCCACGAUGUCCGGCCGCAAGCUGGGAGGCGGCCGCAUCUUGGGCAGCGGCAAAGGCCUCGCCCCUCCCACAUCUCCCGCCAUCAACGGCCACCAACGCACACCGAGUCCCUUUGCUCCCUCAGAAAGCACUCUGUCGCUCAACUCCUCCUCGGCCUCGCCUCCCAUCUCGAGCCCUCUGCCCGACUUUGCCCAAGAUCUUGGAUCAAACAUUAGUGUUGGAGGCCCCUCCAGAGCCGCUACUUCCAGCUCCAAGCUAGUCUGCCCAAUAUGUGAAGAGGAAAUGUUAACGCUGCUUCAACUCAAUAGACACAUCGACGAUAACCACCAAGAACUUCCCGAAGUCGAACAAGAUGAGGUGCGCACAUGGUUCGACAAGCAGGUGCUCAAGGCCAAACGAUUCCAACCAUUAUCUAUCAUCAACCAAAAAUUGCGAGGUCUCGACGUCUUCGAAUCCAACGAGUCCCUGCCCAUUGCCCCGCCUACGACUGCGAAGCUCAUUGAGGGGCCGAUAGACCCGGACGAGCUCAUUACACGAUCGCAUUGGCAACGCCAAACGAGCAACGACCGAUGCACCGACCCAACGUGCGGGAAAGGCCUCGGAGCUGUCAAUGGAAGCAUCAACUGUAGAAAUUGCGGCAGGUUAUUCUGCGAAGAGCAUACCAUGUACCAGAUGAAGUUGUCGAGGUCUGCCCAGCACGACCCCGUGCGGGGAUACUGGGUCCGAGUCUGCGAGACGUGUUACAAGUCGAGAGAUGGCUACAACGACCACAACGGUGUCCUGAUUGACCACACCUCGACAUUUGCGGAGAUGCGACGGGAGAAGGUGGAGAGGCAGAAUCUUGAAGUGGCUAGGCUGGAAAAGCGUUUAACCAAGCUGACGCAAUUGCUUGCGAAUGCGCCCGAAGAUGUCACGACAAACGGAGGAAGUCUGCUGUCGCCUGUCGCUGUCUUGGCCGGUCAGAAGAACCAGAGGAAAGUGAUUGAGCAAUCGGUUGUUACUUGGGAGGAUGACGCCUCCGUCACGCAAUGCCCAUAUUGCCAACAAGAGUUUGGAUCUUGGACGUUUAGAAGACACCACUGUCGGAUAUGUGGCAGGGUGGUCUGCGCCGAUCCACUUACAGGUUGCUCGAGUGAAGUGGGCUUGAGCAUUGCCAGCCCUACGAGCCCCGCAACGGAGAAACCCCCGACGGCGGCACAGCCUGGCCAACUGAGCAUCGACGUUCGCAUGUGUCGCGAGUGCAAUCACACAAUUUUUGCAAAACGCGACUUUGCUUCGACCAUCUCCCACAAGCCAGCUGACCAGCGAGCAUAUGAGACAUUGCGCCAGUUCGAACGCGGUAUUCGCCAGCUUAUGCCCAUCUUCCAACGAACAUUACUUGCUCUCCAACCAGAGGGGGACGAUGGGGUCGAAUCAUCGAAACCGCCUCCCACACAUGCCCAGAUUCAGGAGGCUUCUAAAAUUCGGAAACGUCUUACCGAUGCCUUUACCAAGUACGACACGGCCGCCCGUCGACUCCGUGAUAUGAAGACUACCUCCAAGACGCAGCUUCGCCUACAGCAAGCCGUCUACGCUGCAGCCUCCACGUUCUUGCAUACCCAUAUGUUGACCCUCAAAUCGGUACCGCAAAUCCUACGUUCUCGAUCAUCACAGGCGUCUCGCCUCCGAGCUUUGCAGUCUGGUAGCGUGAACGGGUCCUCAUCAUCCCUACACCUAUCGCCCCUCCGUAAUCAGGAGCUUGCUGAAUCCGAAACAGCAAGCCAGGCAAGCGAGACGAGCACAGCCGUAUCAGCACUCGAAACGGAAGAGAAGGAGGCUCGCGAGCGUUUGGUGGUGCUGGAAGAGCAGCGCUUCAUGGUGCAGCAAAUGGUGGACUCUGCUCGGGAUGCGAGACGGUUUGAGGAGGUUAGUGCACUUACGCGCAAUGUGGAAGAACUGGACAAGGAGAUUGAGCGGGCCAAAAAGUUGGUGGGCGGUGUUGAGGAACGAUGGGAGGGCCUUUAUGCGUCUGGCCUGGCGCGGUGA